AUGAAUAAUAAAACUUUAUAAAAGUUAGUAUAGUCAAGUACUGUUUUACUCCUUCUCCUGGGAGCAUUCUGGAUUACCUUUGUGUGUAUUUUAUACUCUAAAUACCCAGAUGUAAGAAAUGUAUCUUAGUAUUUCACUGCAGCUCUAUUGAUAGGAUUCGUGAAUGGAAUCCUUCUUAUUAUAUGGGCUAUCUUAGGAUUAAUAGGGAUUUGCAAAAAUGUUAAAUGCCUUCUGUUUACUUACAACUUUGGAAUUUUUGUUUUCCUUUUAAUUCCUAUUGCUAUAUUAGUAAUUAGCAUUUUAAUAUCAACAAAUAUGGAUAGCUACAAAAAUGAUACAAAUUGUACUUAAUAUGAUUUAUUUUCUCAGCUGGCUGAAUUGAAUACCAAAUCUUAUUAAACCCUUUGCUAAUCAGGUUGUCAAUGUGAUUUUGAAGGAACACAAUUAGAAGCUUAGUAAUUGGGAAUAACUAAUUUUGUUAAUAGUGAGUCUGGUCCUAUUAGAGUUUAAGAAUGCAAAGCAUAUGAUUUAUUUGAUUUAGAUCAUCAAGAUUCAAACAGUGACAUAUUGCAAGCUAUGGAAGAAACUUUUGGCUGCAGUGGUUUUUGCUCAAAAAAUAAUUAUUUUGUAUUUAGUAACAUAAAUGAAGGUAUCCCAAAUGGAGACUGUAAAGUUGAAGUUUUAGAUUUCAUUGAAGAUAAUAAUGUCAAGACUAUUGUAGCAUCUUCUAUUGUGACAUUCUUUAUGGUCCUUUGCUUUAUAUUCUCCGUUUUCUGGUGCUGUAUGUAAUCAAAAAUUUAAACAGUUGACACAAAAGUUAUUGAAGCCCAAUAAAAUAUUAGAAAUUGA